GGGGGAAAAACAAAAAAAAAUGGUUUUGCAUCCAAUUUCCGACGCCAACGAACACAAUCCUUUCGGAUCUCUCACCGCCGACGAAUUCUACGCCAAACAUUCCGUUAGCCACUCCUCCGCCUUCAUCACCAACCCUCGUGGUCUCAAACUCUUCACUCAAUGGUGGUCACCACUCCCUCCAACUAAACCAAUCGGUAUCAUCGCCGUCGUUCACGGCUUCACCGGCGAAACCAGUUGGUUCCUCCAGCUCACAUCAAUCCUUUUCGCUAAAUCCGGUUUCAUCACCUGCGCAAUUGAUCACCAAGGCCAUGGAUUCUCCGAUGGACUCAUCGCUCAUAUCCCUGACAUCAAUCCCGUCGUCGAUGACUGUAUCUCCUUCUUCGAUGACUUUCGUAGCCGUCAAUCGCCGUCAGAUCUGCCGUGUUUUCUCUACUCUGAAUCCCUAGGCGGUGCGAUUGCUCUCUACAUCUCGCUUCGCCAGAGAGGUGUUUGGGAUGGGCUUAUCCUCAACGGAGCUAUGUGUGGAAUCAGCGAUAAAUUCAAACCGCCGUGGCCGUUGGAGCAUUUGCUCUUCGUCGUCGCGAAUCUUAUCCCUACCUGGCGCGUUAUCCCCACGCGCGGAUCUAUACCCGAUGUUUCUUUCAAGGAGCCGUGGAAGAGGAAGCUUGCGAUGGCUAGCCCUAGAAGGACGGUGGCGAGACCACGCGCCGCCACUGCUUAUGAGCUGAUUCGUGUCUGUAAGGAUCUGCAGGAGAGGUUUGAGGAAGUGGAGGUUCCGCUUCUGAUUGUGCACGGCGGAGGCGAUGUAAUCUGCGACGUGGCGUGUGUUGAGGAGCUUCAUCGGAGAGCGAUUAGUGAGGAUAAGACGAUCAAGAUCUACCCUGAGUUGUGGCAUCAGAUGAUUGGGGAAUCGGAGGAGAAAGUCGAUCUGGUUUACGGUGACAUGCUGAGCUGGCUCAAGACUCGAGCGGAAAGGAAGGCACGCGCCGGCCGAGCUUAGAGUCCUUUUGAGUCCUUGUAUUUGUCGUCCAAUAGGACAGUGCCAUCUGGCAAGCAACUAUUUAAGGUUUACUGUUUCGUAGCACAUGGUUUACAGUUGAACCAAUACCUUUGGGCUUUGGGUAUCAAUAAAUUAGAAAUAUAAAA